CCGCGUCCCGCGCCCCGCGCCCCGCUGCGCCGUGAUGUGCGUGGCGUGGCGCAAGCGAAGCGGCAACAUCGCAUCGCCUCGCACUCGCAUCGCAUCGCUCCAUCGUCGCUCUCGCUCUCUUUCGCUCAGUAUCGCUUCAACAUCGUUUGAGAGCACUGUAUUUUUUCGCGCGAACCUGUGCAGGUGCCCUUGGGAGGUCCUCUAAAUCGCUUUGUUAAUUCACUUCACAAACAUGGUGUGCUAUCGUUACCGCUCUUUGAUGUAAUUAGCGAGUGGAGGCCGAGCAGCGACGGCAGACGAACAAUCAAGAUUUGUGGGUACCUCGUUGGAAAGAGGCACGGGCGCGGCGUCGGCGACUUCAUUGGAGGUGGCGUGAUGACAUCGUCGGCAACUCGUGAGUACCGCGAGCGACUCAUAGACGAAGUGAAGAAGUUUCCCGUGCUGUACGACACGCAGCACGAAGCACACCGCGACAUCGACGCGCGCGACCGCUGCUGGGCCGACAUCGCGCGCCGCCUUGGUGCCAAUAGUGAGCUGCUGAAGCGCGAGUGGAAGAUCCUGCGCGACUCGCUGCGACAGUCGAUGAAAAAAUGUCGCAAAGGAGCCACCACGAAGGCCGGCGCACCCUGUCGCAAAUGGCGAUUCCACGCGCGCAUGGCAUUCGUGUUGCCGUAUAUGACCAGGCGGAGCGAGCGGCCAGUGCUCAGAGACGGCGUCAAGCUCGACGCCGAACCCGAGCCGGCCACGCCCGAGCACGAGCCCGAGGGGGGGCCCGACGAGGCGCGGCCGCGGGGCGCGGGGGGCGCGGGGGGCGCGGAGGGCGCGGCGCCGGGCUCGCUCGAGCUGUUCUUCGCCAGCGUGUGCCAGAGCGCGCGCCGGCUGCCUGCGCACGCUCAGGCCAACCUCAAGCGCCAGGUGCUGGAAGUGCUGCUGCGGGCCGAGGAAGACUGGCGUGCCACACCCCACGCCCUGGGUGACGGGGACGUCAACGACUCAAAGUCGGACGUCCACACAUAUUGAUCAGCAUUGGUUGCAACGCGCCUUCAAAUCUUGGGGAAACAAGUGUACCACAGGCCGCCGCUGACACGUCUUUACAGCAAUUUGUAUGAAAACCGAGUUUGCCACAUUUUAUGUAUCCACCAUGAGACGU